CGCCGGUUUCGUCACGUAUGACAUGUAAAUUCCAUCCAUCAUUGUCAAAAUAUUAUGUUAUUAUAUACCAAGUCUGCUUCAUAACAACAAAAAGAUCAGUAACAAUAUGGUUGUGCUAAAAGUGCUCUGGAUUUCUCUUUUUCUAACUUAUUAUGGAACAUAUGGAAUACUGGAUAAAAUUGACGACGUUGGUGAUAUGCUUAUAGACCCAUAUCAUGAAGUUUUGGACGAAUUAAAAAUCCCAACGAAAAGUGUGUCUAUGUUACAAUUAGAUGGCAUAUUAAAGACAUUUUUUGGAAAACUUAAGUGUUUACCCAAAGGAUCUCAUCACUUGCGGAACUGCCGCACUGCAGUGUGUCUUCAAAGUAGGGAUAUUUUCAAAGCUUUGGCAAUAAACGAGGGAGAAGAUCUACUGGAAGGAAAUUUUGGCAAAUUGUCAAUAAUCUUAACCUAUCAUUUAUUGAAUAUAAAUCAUUUCUGCCACCAAAAUGCAAGUGUGAAUCCAGACAUAGACUAUUACAAGAGACAAUUAUUCAAUACACUAGGCCAAACUCAGCAGAAUAUCAGAGCAAAUGCCUUACAAAAAGCUUUGGAGGACAUCGAUGACCAAUACGAAUCUGACGAAGAAAAACAUGACGAUGACAGCCACGAGAGUGAAGAGCAUGUCACAGAUGAUCAUGGUCAUGGUGGCGAUAGUCAUGGUCAUAUCGAUGAUCAUGAUGACGAUCAUACCGAUAGUGAAGAAUCGACAACGAUGAAGACCAACGUUCAUGGUCACGAUUCUGAUCAUAAUGAUUCCCAUGAAAGCGACGAGAGUGACCACCAUGACGACCACGAUGAUAGUCAUGAAGAUGACGACGAUGAAGUCAAGGUUAUCAAGACUAAGUGUGUGAGUGCUGGUACAAUAUUUGAUGAAUUAGAUUUGGAUCCAGAAGAAGAUGUACUUGAUAUCAACACUGUGGAUAAAAUAUCACAGUUAUUGGUCUAUCAUUUCAUGACAGGAGCCCGAAUUCAGAAGGACUGUCGAAUUUUCCCGAGAAAAUCAUAUUUUAGGAAUAAUUUACUCACUUAUAUGGAUGCCGUUAAUGACAGCAUUCCAAAAGAGGAAUUCGUAAAAUUAAUGGUCACCCUCAAAAUUGCCACUGGAAUGGAAGAUUCACAUGACGAUCACUUGCACAGCAGACGAAAACGAGACUUGACUAACGUAAUUGAUCAGUCACUGGUACAUAGAAGGUCAAAGAGAGCCACAACAACCACCCAGAAAACCUGCUAUUCUCCAAAUCAGCUUCUUGCCAUUUACAACUCACAAACCGGGAAUACAGUUUCUAAACAAAAGUUUAUGGAGUUAUGCCCAUCUCUACUUUAUCAACAAGUAUCGGGUUCCUGUUCUGGUUUGUCAAGUUCUCCAGUAACAAAAACAGUUGGUGAUGCAGAAAGAUAUGGCUAUGGCUCGUUUGCAGUAUUUCUGAUUUGUCUUUGUUCUUUGCUCGCCGUCCUGGUUAUACCAUUAGCCAAAAGUUCAAGGACCUGUUUCCGUGCUGUAAUGAACCUGUUCCUAGGAUUGGCUGUCGGAACAUUGACCACAGAUGCGUUGCUUCAUCUUUUACCAACGGCAUUUGGACUCCAUGGCCAUAAUGAAGAAGAACAUGCUCAUGGAGAUGAUUUCAUGGAGAAAUAUAUAGGAUUUGGAUUAGCAGCCUUAGCAGGAAUAUAUGGAUUUUAUUUGCUGGAGUUAGUGAUGUCGUUCUACAGAAAAAAUCCAAACUCCGCACAUGGACAUUCACAUCUACAAUAUGAAUUAGAUCUUAAUAUGCCAAAUGGUAAUGGUCACGUGACGGAAUCCAAAAAAGACUUGUAUAACAGUCAGAAUGAUAUGAAUAAUUCUCUACAGUUUGAAACAGAAUUUAGUAACAAAGGUCUAUCAUCAUUAUCUUUGAUGGUGUUAAUUGGAGAUGGUAUUCAUAAUUUUGCUGAUGGUCUUGCCAUAGGAGCUGCCUUCACUCAAGGCAGUGCAGUCGGAAUUGCUACCAGCAUAACUGUCUUUUGCCAUGAAUUGCCACACGAACUAGGUGACUUUGCUAUUUUGUUGAAAAGUGGAUUGAGUAUAAAGAAGGCAAUGUUAUUGAACUUUUUAUCAGCAUUAACGGCGUUUAUUGGAUUGUAUGUUGGGCUGGCAGUUUCAACUGACGAGUCUAUAAGACAAUGGAUAUUUGCUUUUACUGGGGGACUUUUCUUGUACAUAUCUUUAGUUGAUAUGCUCCCCGAGUUGAUAAAUGGUCAUAUUGGAAGUAAUUCAACCAAAAUUGUUGGUAUGAUCUACAACAACAUAGGAAUACUUAUUGGAGCAUUGAUUUUAUUUCUCUUGUCUGUGUAUGAAGAGCAGAUUAAGAUUUGAUUAAAGAGUUUGUUAACCAGAACACUUUAAGAGCACUUCAACAUAUCCCAAAGAUAAGCAACAUAUUGUCAAAAACUUUCCAGUGGAGUCUUCUCUAAACCUGAAGACAGAGAAGAAAUAUAUUGGUGCUAACUUGUUUUCAAAUGCAUUCUUCAUUAAACAUUGAAUGAUUUCUAUAUUUUGAUGUACUCUUAGUGCAUAUUUUGUUUCACAUAUCAUAACUGAAAUGUUUCUUAUAAUAAUGUAUUUGGAAUAUUAUAAUAGGUGAAUUACCACUGGAAACCUUUAUGUUUUAACGUCGUAUAUACAUUGUUUGUCAAAACAUCCGAAAAUAAACGUAUCAUAAGUGUCAAAUACAAUGCAUAAUAGCAAAAUAAUCGGUCAUUUAGUCAAGUGUUGGCAUGUUAUAGCAUUGCUUGCAUUGCGUUGAGAGUUUUCAAUAAGAAUUCGUUUAUAGAACAUUAAAACUGACACUACUUGAAAAUUUGUCCGUCCAACUACAUUUUCAUUAUUCUAAUUACUUGUGUAUCAGGCAUUUGGACUGACAUGGUAACGACGUAUGUCAAACAUUUUAAUAUUGGUCAAAUGUUUCGGGCUGGAACUUUUCCUAAGAAUUUUCAAUCAUUGGAGUCAUUAAUUUAGGGCAAAAGGAUACGACAUACAUUUUCAAAAUUCCUCUUUUAUUCAAAUGAAAAAAUACUUAAGUUGAAAUGUUAUUGGGUCAUUCUAUUUAAAAUUUAAAAUUUAAUCAUUGCAUAUUGUCUUUUGACCUCUAUAAAACAGCAUCCAAUCAAUCAUCAGUACAUGUAAGAUGUAUUUCUUGUACAUGGACAAAUAAAAACCAAAGUUUAAUGCAGUUUCACGUGUAUUUAUGUUAAAAAAAUGUAUUCUCUUCACUGGUUGUUUUUGUGUAUUUUUGUUUUAUGAUCAAUGUUGGUACCUUGUAAAACAACAAAAUCGAAAGUUUAUCUCAUGUUACGUAAUUUAUUGUUGUGAACUUUUUAAUAUAUUUAUGAUAUGGAUUUUAUAUACUUAACCAAAUAUUUUGAUAUGAUGUGGUGACAAUAAUAAUGAUAUACGAAUGCAUGCGUGGUUUUUGUAGCAUCUUGCCCUGGACUAGUUUUUUUUUUUAUCUUUUUAAGAUCGCACACAAGAAAAUAUCAAAAAGAUGUAUUUAAUGACACAGUCCUAAAAGAUGAGAAGUUAUUCUUUAAUAAAAUUGUGUGGCCAUCAUGAAUUGGUUAUUCAAUUGCCUCGGUUUGACGAUAUUUGCGAUACAGUGAUUUUUACAGUAAAUGUAUCUUCAUUUAAAACAAUAAUACAUUUCCAUAACAUUUAUUUUAGUAAAGUGACUAUGAUGUAUGUUAGAAUGCGAAUAUCUUACCAGCUAUCCUGUUUUUAUUCAAAUGUCUAAUGGUUUGUUUGCACAAUUGUUGUUAAAAUUAAAAUAUAUAUAUAUAUGGAUAAUACUUUCAUCUGCAUAGCUAUCAUUAUGUCUUGAUACGAUUAUUGUGUAUACAAAACACAAGCAGGUCUUGUGUUUUUUUAUUGUAAAAACAUAAUUGUAAUAUCAUUUUAAAUCUUCCAUUUCAUUGAAAAAAAUGAUUCGUAAUUUUACCAUCUACAAUGUUAUCAUUUAGCUUCUAUUGUUAUAUUAAAUUACAAAUAAAGCAUUCAUUUUAUUUUUUAUUAAAUCAA